ACCCGUGACAGUAGAGAGGCGGGACCAAUGGGUCUUUUUAUUGCCGCCUUUCUGUCGAACCCGAAAGUAAGGAAAGGUCGGUUGGUAUGCACUGGCGGACAAAUGGUCCAAUUACCGCGGAAAAGGGACCUCUGAAUCCAGAUUGGCGUCCUCUCUACCUAUAGGGUAGGCUCAGGGGCGGUGAGAACCAGCCCCGGAUGUGGGCGCGGCACUGAGGUAGAACUGAGAGAUCCUCUACCGCAGUCGUUUGAGGAGGCGGAACUGAAGUUUUUUCUUAAUUAUCAUGUGACGGGUUCUGGAUUUAAUGGGGGGAAAAGGGCGGAAAAGGACAAGGAUCCAAACUGGCGAAUUUCCUGAUCUUCGCGUCCCUCUCCGCUCUCCGGCCGGCGGCGCUGCCAGACAGUGGUCUCACUCCCAUCGCCCAGGUUGGAGUGCAGUGUGCAACAUGGCUCACUGCAGCCUCGACUUCCCGGGUUCAGGUGAUUCUCCCACUUCAGCCUCGGUAUAUUUCCUUUUUUCCGAUCCUGCAACAGCCUCUUUAAACUGUUUAAAUGAGAAUGUCCUUGGCUCAGAGAGUACUACUCACCUGGCUUUUCACAUUACUCUUCUUGAUCAUGUUGGUGUUGAAACUGGAUGAGAAAGCACCCUGGAACUGGUUCCUCAUAUUUAUUCCAGUCUGGAUAUUUGAUACUAUCCUUCUUGUCAUGCUGAUUGUGAAAAUGGCUGGGCGGUGUAAGUCUGGCUUUGACCCUCGACAUGGAUCACACAAUAUUAAAAAAAAAGCCUGGUACCUCAUUGCAAUGUUACUUAAAUUAGCCUUCUGCCUCGCACUCUGUGCUAAACUGGAACAGUUUACUACCAUGAAUCUAUCCUAUGUCUUCAUUCCUUUAUGGGCCUUGCUGGCUGGGGCUUUAACAGAACUCGGAUAUAACGUCUUUUUUGUGAGAGACUGACUUCUAAGUACGUCAUCUCCUUUCUAUUGCUGUUCAACAAGUUACCAUUAAAGUGUUGUGAAUCUUUCAAGCUUCAAGAAUACCAGAGAACUGAGGGAAAAUACCAAAUGUAGUUUUGUACUACUUUCAUAAAACAGGAUUGGUGAAUCACGGACUUCUAGUCAACCUACAGCUUAAUUAUUCACUAUUUGAGUUAUUGAGAUUCUUAUUAUCUCUGUAAAUAAAGUUUGUUUUGGACCUCA